AUGAUUUCUGAGCCAAACGUGGACGCCCUCAAGGCCGAAGCCCUUGCGCUCAAUGAAAAGCGUGGGGAACUUCAACGGCAGGUCCAGGAGGCCCUGGAUUUCCUCGACUCGACCCCGGCCGGACGGAGCGGGCUGCUGGUCGACCCAGAGGGCUUUCCGCGGGAUGACUGCGACCUCUACGCCGUCAGCCGCGCGCGGAAUGUCGUGAGCUGCGGUCGGAAUGACCUCCGCGCGGUCGAGGAGCGGCUUUAUGUCAUUCUUGGGGACCUUCACGAGGCCACGAAGGUGGAAGCCGCCGCGCGGAUGGCCGCGGACGAUCCGGGGCUCCUCGCCAGCCGCGCAGAGGGAAAGGAGCUCGAGCGACGGCUCGCCGAGGCCUGCAAAAUCGGGAGUAUGCCGGGUAUUUUUCACGUGAUUUCCGUUGAAGGGGGUUGCCCCGCCGCGGAGGGGGGACUGCGCCCCCAAGAUACGAUCCUCCAGUUCGGUGAGUUGAACGCGGAGACCAUCCAAGGGAGGGAUGAAGAAGGAAGAGGGCUUCGGGCGUUGGCCGAGAUUACUCAAGAGUGGGAGGGAAGGCUGCUGUCGGUAUGGGUGCGUUCAGAAGAUGAGGCGGAGCCACGGGAGAUCUUUGUGGUUCCCCAGCGGUGGUCUGGGACUGGACUGCUGGGCUGCACUUUGAGUCCCUUCUAA